CCGCCUUUUAGGCGCCCGCGCGGCCGGGACAUCCCAGCCCUUCCUGGCCCGCCACUCCCGCCUCCCGUGCGCCCAGUCCGAGCAGACAGUCCAGUUCGCCCCGUCCGCACCGCUCGCCGGUCGACCCGCCCCCCACCGCAGCCAUGGACGCCAUCAAGAAGAAGAUGCAGAUGCUAAAGCUGGACAAGGAGAAUGCCAUCGACCGCGCCGAGCAGGCCGAGGCCGACAAGAAGCAGGCUGAGGACCGCUGCAAGCAGCUGGAGGAAGAGCAACAGGCCCUCCAGAAAAAGCUGAAGGGGACUGAGGAUGAAGUGGAGAAGUAUUCUGAGUCGGUGAAGGAUGCCCAGGAGAAACUGGAGCAGGCCGAGAAGAAGGCCACUGACGCCGAGGCAGAUGUGGCUUCCUUGAACCGCCGCAUCCAGCUGGUAGAGGAAGAGUUGGACCGGGCGCAAGAGCGUUUGGCCACAGCCCUACAAAAGCUGGAAGAGGCUGAGAAAGCUGCAGAUGAGAGUGAGAGAGGCAUGAAGGUCAUUGAAAACCGAGCCAUGAAGGAUGAGGAAAAGAUGGAACUGCAGGAGAUGCAGCUGAAGGAGGCCAAACAUAUUGCCGAGGAUUCAGACCGCAAAUAUGAAGAGGUGGCCAGGAAGCUGGUGAUCCUGGAAGGAGAGCUGGAGCGCUCAGAAGAGAGAGCUGAGGUGGCUGAGAGUAAAUGUGGGGACCUAGAGGAGGAGCUGAAAAUUGUUACCAACAACUUGAAAUCCCUGGAAGCCAAAGCGGACAAGUAUUCCACCAAAGAAGAUAAAUUUGAAGAGGAGAUCAAACUGCUAGAGGAGAAACUAAAGGAGGCUGAGACCCGAGCAGAGUUUGCUGAAAGGUCUGUGGCAAAGUUGGAGAAAACCAUUGAUGACCUGGAAGAUGAAGUCUAUGCACAGAAGAUGAAGUACAAAGCCAUCAGUGAGGAGCUGGACAACGCACUCAACGACAUUACCUCUCUCUGAGCCCCAAGCAGUGUGGCCCCUGGGCGGCCGUCUCUCCUCUCCUUCCCAUUCUCUCCAUGGGGAUGGGCGUGGGCAGGAGGAGCAAAAAUUGCCAACAUUGCACAGCCAGACUGGGCGCGGCCUGGGAGAGCCCCGUCACGCCUGCCACCUAUCCUGGCACUUGCUUUAUUCUUCUCUCCAUCAUCUCCCCAACCCUCAACCCCCAGUCUCUACCUCUCUGCUGCUUAAUAAACUCAACUUGGUCUCUAUGCUGUUUUCCUGCCCUCCAGAGAGCACUGCCAUCAGCACCCCCACCUCCCCGCCAGCACUGGUUCACUGCUAUCACCCUGGCUGUUAAAUACACCCCCAAUCUUGUCACUCCCUUGCCUGAGCCCUCCCACAAGCCAUGGUGGCCCAUACCAAAAGCCCCUCUGCACAGGCACUCCCCGCCUGCCACUCUGCACAUGGCAGAUAUUGUCUUACCCCUUAUACCACUUUCUUACCCUUAUACCACUGACUGCUGCACGUGGGCAUUUGUCCCCAUCACCAUGAGCCUCCAGUACCCCUGAGAUGUGCUGCUGCAGACCCAGCACUGUCACUGACCUCAGACCACUCAGCUGGGGUUCUAGGAGCUAAAGGAAUGACUGAGGGCAGUGGGGUGAGGAGGUGCAGGGCAGGGGCAAGAAUCUUGUGAAAGGUCAGGGAUGAAGUUUGGAAAAAUGGAUUCCAGCAACGAGGGGCUUUCACAGCAGGUCUGUUUCUUGCCUCAAGUCUGUCAGUCUGGCCUCCCCUACCUGGCUCAGUCUUUGUCUUUCCUUCUAUUUUCAACUCUCUCAGACCUUUAGAGAAGAGAGUAAAUUGGUUUAUGACUCAGGCCUUCCCACCCCACCUCCAUGACUCUGAAAUCCCCCACCAUGUAAGGAAUGUAAGGCAUCCAUGUCUGUCCUAGUUCCCUCGUCCCGGUCAACCCAUCCCUUGUCCUGCCACUGGCCCCUCAGGUCCCUGAAUGCUGUGUCUUCCUGUGCCUCCAACCCAUCCCAUAUCUGUCCCCGAACCCCAGUCCAUGUCUCCUGUGUUCCCUUCCCUUGGGUCUCCCUCUUCCUCACAUGCUGCUUCCC